UUCCACCCAGAUUCAUUCGGUUCUUGUUUGUUGCCGGUGGUGGUUGGUUCUAGAGUUUUGCGCGCUCGACCUUUUAUUUUUGCAAUUGUUGCAAAAGCAAGUGAAAGUUACUGGAAACUAUCUAUCAAUUCUGUGAAAUCUGAAGUACAUCUGAGUUUAAGCCGGGAAGUUUUUUUUUGCUGGAGCAAGCAAAAAUGUCGUACGAUGGUGGAAAUUGUGAUGGGAAUGACGGAAACGGAUCGGCAUUCUUCAUCCGCUUGCGCGGAUUGCCAUGGAACAUAACGGAGGAUGAGAUACGAGAUUUCUUGAACGGGGUUGACAUUGAAAACGUUCAUAUUUGCAUCAAUUCCAUGACAAAGCGCCAAACGGGUGAAUCUUACCUGCGCUUACCGACCCUGGACGAUCAAAUUAAAGCACUGGAUCUGAACAAGGCUACCAUUGGUCAUCGGUACAUUGAAGUUUUUACGGCUACGGAGGAUCAGUAUGAAAGCGCUGUCAACGAUUCCGAUGAUGGCGAGGAUGGGGGACCAGUUCUGAAGAUGCGUGGUUUGCCCUGGUCAUGUACCAAGGAUGAUAUCAAGCGGUUCUUUAACGGGUUGGCGAUUAAGAAUGGCUAUAAUGGGAUUCUUUUGCUACUGGAUCAGCUGGGACGGGCAUCAGGGGAGGCGAUUGUUGAAUUUGCAUCCGAUGCCGAUGCGGAAAAUGCCAUGAGCAAACAGAAAGAGAAGAUUGGGAGCAGAUACAUAGAGCUGUUCCGCAGCAGCACGAAGGAAAUGAAAUGGGCCGAGAAGCGACUUCGCCGGAUGUCCCCAUACGGGGGUGGACGCGGAAGCAGCUCGAACGGUGGCGGUAGCAGCGGUGGCGGCGGUGGAAGUAACGGUGGAGGUAGCAGAGCACGCUUCCCACCAGGCCAGGGCUAUGGCCGUGGAUCCGGAGAUGAAUUCGAUGGCGGCGCCGGCGGUGGAAACAGUGGCUGGAGCAACCGCAGUGACAAUGGCUACGGCGGAGGGAGCGGUGGUAACAGCUACGGGUCGACCGGUGGCAGUAAAAUUGGAGGCGGUAGCAGCGGUGGCAGCUUGUACUCCGGUGGGUUGGCCAACAAUAUGGGCAACGUUGACAUCUUGAGAUUGUUGCAGGAUCAGUUGAAACGCGGAGGUGGCACCAACUACGGCUCGGGACGCAGCACCAGCAGUGGUGGUAAUUACAGCAGCAGUGGUUUCGGUGGUAGCAGCGGAUUCGGCGGAGGGACCGGAAGCUCUGGAGGAGGUUUUGAUUCCGACCGUGGUUACCGCUCAAGUGUUGGUGGCAGCAGCGGUGGCACUGGAUAUGGCAGUGGCGGCAACAGUUAUGGAGGGAGCAGCAGCUAUGGUGGUAGUGGCUAUGGCGGCGGUAGCAAUUCCGGUGGCAAUAGCUACGGCAGUAAUGGAGGUGGUGGCGGCGGCGGCAACAACUUCAGCAGCAGUGACUUUUUCAGCGGCGAACAGGACCUGUUCUGUGUGCAUUUGCGGGGAAUGCCGUUCAGUUGCGAUGAGCAAGACAUUUAUGACUUUUUCAUGCCCUUGAGGCCGGUCAAGUGCAACGUUUCGUUCGAUUCCAGAGGACGACCCUCCGGAGAAGGAGAUGCCUUCUUCGAUACGAUGGAGGAAGCUAUGAAGGCGAUGAAGAAGCACAAGGAAAAGAUGGGCUCGCGAUACAUUGAAUUAUUCGCUGGCUCACGAAAGGCCCAGAAUAAAUUUUUGGACUAAACACCAUCCAAUUUGUGUAAACUAAUGAGAUUCAGCUACUUUUAUCUAAGCAAGAGAGGAAAUUCCGCUUCCAGAUGUAGGUUAUAAAGACUUUUGUUUUACCCGAGUUAAAUAUCGGUCACACGAAACCAUACAUUAGGACAUAAGACGCAAAAAAGGAACUUUCAAUUUCAUCAAUCGUAUGUUACUCUAAACUGUAUCAGCAUACCAUAACAGGCAUAGAAAGCACUAACGUUCAAAGGCAACGGUGAAAAACUCUUUAUUUUUAAUCCUAGGGUAGGAAAUUUCUGUCUUGGAAGAAAUGACGCAAUUUCCCGAAGUAAUAAGCCACUAGACUUACUUCCGUGAUGAUAAAUUCUCAACAGUGGUAGAAAUGCUGUGGAAUUAACAUGCACAUUAAAUAAUAAAUCAGUAUCUACAUUUCAGAACUUCAA